AUGUAUGAUAUUUUGAAUUAUGCAUUCAAUAAUGUGCGAAAUAUAGUCGCAUUCACUGGUGGUGGACGAUUCUUGACAGAAUUCGGUUUAUGUCGUCCUGAUGGAAAUCCGAAUUCCAUCAAUACUGUUGAAUGCAAUACAGUGUUGAAUGCUGCUGAUAGUAACUUUGAAUCAUGGACCUUUUGGGAUGAAUAUGAAUUGUUUCCUAAUUUACAGGCAGACCAAAAUGCCUUGAGAUCCUUCAGUCGCACCUACCCACAGUCAACUGCCGGUCAACCAGUUCAAAUGCAGUUCAAUGUAGAAACAAGUGUAUUUUCUUAUAAAUUUAUACCAACCCUGAAGUCUUGUACCAAUGUGGACAAAGAAUUGUUAAUUGCCGAAAUAUUUGUUCCAUUGUCUAUUCAUUAUCCAAAUGGAUUAGGAACUCGUUUCACUCCAGACAUAUUGUAUUAUAGAAUGCAUGAAACGAAUACGAAUUUGAUGCUUGUCUAUGCACCAUGUACAUUGAUUGAUACAGAUGUUAAACUUAUUGAAAUUACAAUUUCACCAAAAACUAAAUGACAAAUAAGUAUUCCAUUGAGAAUAAUGCGCACUGAUUAAUUUUACCUCUAAAUUCAUAUGAAUCUUUUUUCUUAUUUUCAACUGAUUGAUAUUUUUAUAUUUUUUCUCAGCUAUACGUUAACUAAUCUUAUCC